AUGUCUGAUCAUCUUUCAAACAGAAUUACACAAGAAAGAUCCUCAUUCGUGGACAAUGAUGUCAAAAGGAAAAGGGGCUGCAGAGAGUAUCCAUUUUCCACCCAUGAUAACCGGACCUCAUUACAAAACAGCAUUGAAGCAUAUGAUCAGGGACUGGGGCGCAGGAAGUUCGCGGGUGAAACGCGACAGCACAACUCCCACUUCUGCCUGAGGGAUGAUGGGAACUCGAGCGAGGCGGGAGGCUGGAGCGAGGACUCAUCUGCCUAUCAGACAGACUACCAGGGCUGCCAGGGGACAGAGGGCACACACAGCAGGCGAUUUCCCAGAAACCACCUGGAGAGGUCGCACGCCGCGGUGGCCAAGGCAGGCGAGGGGGGCAUGUGGUUUGGGAGGCAUGACGCAAAGCACUGUACACCCCUCAGUGUCCUGGCUGCCACUAACUGUUCCUGUAAAAUCGGAGUCACUCCCCAGCUGUACCCGGUGCUGUGA